AGAGGGGAGGGGCGAGCCGGCUGGGAUUGGACACCGCACGCGCCUGGUCCCCGGGGCUCAGUGGCCGCGCGCUGCCGGGGCUCAGUGGCCGCGAGCUGCCUAGUGCUCGGCCCCUGGAGCCAGGUCUCUGUCCCGUGUGUCGCUCGCCAUCCUCUUAGGGCCGGCGAGGUCACUCGGGUCACGCGGCCGGAGCCUUCCCGACUGCUUCCUGCGGCUGAUUCACAGCUCCUCCACGCCGGCGGCUGCUCCGAGGGUCUUGCCUUGGCCUUGGCGAUGGCGGCGACAGGCACUGGAGCGCAGGAGCUGGAGAACCAUCACAGCGAACGCCCUGUGCAGCUGUGUAACCCCCAUGUGGCGAGCCUGAAGGAGGAUGUGCUCUACCACUUCAGCCUGGGCACCGGCACACACGACCUCCCAGCCAUGUUCGGGGACGUGAAGUUCGUGUGCGUCGGGGGAAGCCCGUCCCGCAUGCUCACCUUCAUCAAAUACGUGGCCACAGAGCUGGGCCUCGGCCGCCCUGGGGAUGAGUACCCCAACAUAUGCUCGGGGACUGACCGCUACGCCAUGUACAAAGUGGGCCCGGUGCUGUCAGUCAGCCAUGGCAUGGGGAUCCCCUCCAUCGCCAUCAUGCUGCACGAGCUCAUCAAGCUGCUGUACCACGCCCGGUGCACCGACGUCACCGUCAUCCGCAUCGGCACCUCGGGUGGGAUCGGUCUAGAGCCCGGCUCCGUGGUGAUCACACGGCAGGCCGUGGACGCCUGCUUCAAACCGGAGUUCGAGCAGAUCGUCCUGGGCAAGCGCGUGGUGCGCGGCACGGACCUGGAUGAGGCGCUGGCGCAGGAGCUGCUGCGCUGUGCUGGGGAGCUCAGCGAGUUUGCCACAGUGGUGGGCAACACCAUGUGCACCCUGGACUUCUACGAGGGCCAGGGCCGGCUGGACGGCGCCCUCUGCUCGUACACGGAGAAGGACAAGCAGGACUACCUGCGCGCGGCCCAUGCUGCGGGCGUCCGCAACAUCGAGAUGGAGUCGUCAGUCUUCGCCGCCAUGUGCAGCGCCUGCGGCCUCCGAGCGGCAGUGGUGUGCGUCACCCUCCUGGACCGGCUGCUCGGGGAUCAGAUCCGCAGCCCACACGAGGUGCUGGUCGAGUACCAGCAGCGACCGCAGCGGCUCGUGGGCCACUUCAUCAAGAAGAGCCUGGGGCGGGCCUGAGGGCCCCUCGAUGGGACCAGAUGGGGCGGGCUGCCUACAGAUGAUACCGCUGGCCAGGGCCCCUUCGGGUCACCAGAGCACACUUCACACCAGGGCUUGGGGAUCAGGCUGCCGUUCUGAGGAGAGGAAUCGUCGCUGGAUUCCCCCAAGGGCUCUCGUAGACCAUUUCAACUACUGUAUGGUGAUUGGAGUUUUUUUUUUUUUUAAUCUUCCAGAACAUUCUGCCAAAUAUUUGAACUCUUUUUAAGAAAAAUGUAAGACUUUUUUUAAAUGUAAGAAUUUUAAAAUUCUAUGCCAUUUAUGUGAGUAAACGGAAUUUGAUAACCA